AUAGACAGCAAAGUUUGCUUGCUGCUGCAACGCCCGCACCGCAGACAGGCGAGAGACUAUAUUCCGAGACUGGCAACCCACAGCGAGGACGGCCCUCGCUUCCUCAAUGGUGAGGUGUUUCAACAUGCCAACACCCACCGACCCGCAGGGCCCGCCGAUGGCCCAGUUGUCGACCUCUCCACCUCCCGGGGAGCCUCUGAAAUCGUUCGGCCAAGACUAUCAGUACGCAGAGACCUUGCAGAACCCUUAUCCCGAGGUUGUCUUUUCCGGCGCAGUGAAUUCGGUCCAUGAAACCGCCUCAACCUCACCCGCGACUGUGGGCGGAGCCGAGGGGACCCAGGAGGCGAGCAGCGCCGGUCACGAUGGACUCUCGUCCCACCGUCCCGAUACAGUCGGUAGUAAGGAUUCCGCCAUGCACGAGGACGUCUGGGUAGAGCCCCGGGACGCGCCGUGGUACAAGGCCAUUUCGCCCAAGAAAUGGGCAACCAUCAUCAUCUGCACCGUGGGAAUCACCGGCGUCGUCCUGGCCAUCCUCGGCGCUAUGAACAAACUUACCCCAUCAAGCUCCUCUGACCAGUCGGCUCCCACCGACAACAACAGCACAUCAACCGCGACGACGUCCAGCUCAGCAACCACUUCCUCGUCCAGUUCCUUACCGACAGGAACCAGCACACCCAAACUAGACUGUCACGACCAGUCAACCUUCCUGACCGCCGUGACCUGGAUUGGCACCGAAGUAGGCGCCUACAAGGGCGAGUUCGCGCAGGCGUCCUCGCCGGAAUCGUGCUGCGACUCGUGCCGGACGCACUCCGGGGGCGGCUGCGCGGGCUGGGUGUACAACUCGAGCUCAACCUUCACGCCAUGCACCAAGAUCGUCGUCACGGCCGACAAGGAGGGCAAGGACGACACUUGCCCAAAGGGGUAUGCCCCGACGACCUUCUUUGCGAGAGACUCGGGCGGGAAGGAGGGCGGUGUUGCUGGGAUGGGACCGUGCGGAAAGACGAUGGACGUCCAGGGGUAGAAGGGUGAUCAUUUGGUGGAGAGAGAUGUGUUGUAGUGGACGGCUGUCCUUUCGGUUCGGGUAUGCCAACAGCACGGGUCUUUUCUUUGGCAUGGCGGCGACAGCAUUGCGGAUCUUCCUUUAGGGGAAGGCGUAUGGAACCAUGCGAGACACACACCUCAAGACCGGGCAUUCUGACCAUGACAUCUUCGGUAUAUACAGUUGUAGCUCGAGUUGAACCCUCAUUCAUCGAUGCUGCUGGGUGAGGCGGUUUCAUGAACU